AGGUCUCCUUCAGAUUCUCUCAGCACACGGUGAGAAGUGGUUGGGGGAGGUCAGAGAGCUGGAAUUCGCCGCUCGGAAAUACAUUCAAUGACCUAACGUUAUAAUGUUGCCUGACAAUUCGCCUCGCAAAUAGAUCUAUGCGGUGUUGACAACAAUAUAUAUAUAUACUUUCAGAUAAAUAUUUGGUUGCAGUAUUCUGCAAAGUUGCAAGACAAUACAGAAGAUGAUCGGAGUUUCCCCAUGUUUUCUCCAAGAAUAGGAACGUAUUGAGUAAAGUAAAAUGCCUUGAGAUUUGCUGCUGCUGGAGAUAUCUUUACUGAAACCGGUCGAAAACUUGACCAAGUAGGCUACAUGUGAAGUAUUUGUGCUGAACGUGUUUUUAUACCUCUUCUCUCGGAAGAUAGAGAGACCGCUCCAUUGCUACUCCGAAAUCAAUGGCCAUUAACGUUCCUCGAAGCUUCACCGCGCCACUGCAUUUGAACUCUGGAAAAACACCUCAUUGUUUACGAGAGUUGUGACUUUAAGGUUUAAAAGACAUCGACGGAAUCGGACAUUUAAUUACUUUCUUUUAGACGUCUAACCUACCUUCUCGAGGGGAGCUGCACAAGGAUCAGAAAUUCAGUUCCCCACCUGAAGAGUUGAUGGUUGUAGGCUGAUACAUUUAAGCGCCCUCUACAGCCAGCCCUGUACCAGUAGCCCCUGCCAUUCCAGUACUGUACCAGUUAACCUAUACCAGUGCCAGUAUGUUAUUGUCCCGCUGGUCUCUGCUGCUCCUCUGGUCACUGCUGGUUCUACUGAUUUACUCUCCCCUGACCCAGUCCAGACCAGCUGCUGCCCACGUCAGCGACACAGCUGACAUGCUGGCAUCUUCUGAGGACGAAGAUGAUGAUGACGAGUCUUCUUCAGAGGAAAAUAAACUAUCUAACAAUCAGGAGCUCCAAUUGAUGGCUCCUCAGUGGGCGACUCCAGACAAGAUGGAGAAGAGGCUCCAUGCCGUUCCUGCCAGUAAGACUGUUAAAUUUCGUUGCCAGGCGACUGGUAAUCCCACACCAACUUUGCGGUGGUACAGGAAUGGGAAAGAGUUCAGGAAAGACCAGCGCAUUGGAGGCUUCAAGCUCCGGGACCACAUGUGGACUAUAAUAAUGGAGUCAGUGGUUCCGUCUGAUAAAGGCAACUACACCUGUCUUGUGGAGAACAAGCACGGCAGCCUCACACACACCUACCAGCUGGACGUAGUGGAACGUUCCCCUCACAGGCCCAUCCUCCAGGCAGGCCUGCCAGCUAAUCGUACGGCCAUGGUUGGUAGCGACGUGGAGUUUGUCUGUCGAGUGUUCAGCGACCCUCAGCCCCACAUCCAGUGGCUCAAAAGCAUCACCAUUAAUGGCAGCAGAGUGGGACCAGACGGACUGCCUUACGUACGCGUACUUAAGACUGCAGGGUUUAACACCACAGACAGGGAGAUGGAGGUGUUUACUCUGAGGAACGUGUCUGUGGAGGAUGAAGGAGAGUACACCUGUCUGGCAGGAAACUCUAUAGGACUCUCUCACCACUCUGCCUGGCUCAGUGUGAUCAAAGACCUGCCCCCCUCCCCUGUACCAUCUCAGGCCUACCUGGAGAUCUUCAUCUACUGCGUUGGUUUCUUCAUUAUCAUGUUCAUGGUCGGCGUAGCGACCGCCUGCCGACUAAGCUGCUCCCCGAAGAAGAGCGACUUCAGCAGCCAGCUGGCCGUUCACAAACUGGCCAAGAGCAUUCCCCUACACAGACAGGUGUCAGUAGACUCUUCUUCCUCUCUACAGUCGGGGGUGUGUCUGGUCAGGCCGUACCGCCUUUCCAGUGGAGCCACGCCCACCCUGGUCGGCGUGUCAGUGUAUGAGCUGCCCGCAGACCCACUCUGGGAGCUGUCACGAGACAGGCUGUCUCUGGGGAAGCCACUGGGGGAAGGUUGUUUUGGUCAGGUUGUGCUAGCAGAGGCUGCAGGUCUGGACAGAGAAAAACCCUCUCGUCUCACCAAGGUUGCCGUCAAGAUGCUCAAAGCGGACGCCACAGAGAAGGACCUGAGUGAUCUGAUCGCUGAAAUGGAGAUGAUGAAGAUGAUCGGGAAACACAAAAACAUCAUCAACCUGCUGGGAGCCUGCACACAGGAUGGCCCUCUCUACGUGGUGGUAGAGUAUGCAUCUCAGGGCAACCUGAGGGAGUACCUGCGUUGUCGGAGGCCUGUGGAUCUGGAGUACUGGUCUGGGCCAACCCAGGCCCCCCUGGACAGCGUAGAGGUCAGGGAGCUGGUGUCUGCUGCCUACCAGGUGGCCAGGGGCAUGGCAUACCUCGCCUUACAGAAGUGUAUCCACAGAGACCUAGCAGCCAGGAAUGUGUUGGUGACAGAGGACAAUGUGAUGAAGAUAGCAGACUUUGGUCUGGCCAGAGACAUCCACCACAUAGACUACUACAAGAAGACCACCAAUGGUCGUCUGCCAGUGAAGUGGAUGGCUCCAGAGGCUCUGUUCGACCGCAUCUACACACACCAGAGUGACGUGUGGUCGUUUGGGGUGUUGAUGUGGGAGAUCUUUACUCUAGGAGGGUCUCCCUACCCAGGGGUCCCUGUAGAGGAGCUGUUCAAACUGCUGAAGGAGGGACAUCGUAUGGACAGGCCAGCCGCCUGCACAGAGGAGCUGUAUAUCAUGAUGAGAGACUGCUGGCACGCUGUUUCAUCUCGCAGACCAACCUUCCAACAGCUGGUAGAGGAUCUGGACCGCACACUCUCACUCAUGACCAACCAGGAGUAUUUGAAUCUGUCCAUCCCUGUGGUCCAGUAUUCUCCAUUGGGUCCAGACACCAGCAGCUCCUCUGACUCUGUCUUCUCCAGGGAGACGACUCACGGAGCAGAAUACUCUCCCCUGAGCCCAUCCUGGACCUCCACCCUGCUCUACACCCAGCACACCCCCUCUAGGACCCCCUCUCGUACCUCCACCCUGGCCUACGCACACCACAAACCUUCCCGAACCCCGUCUUGAACCUCCAUCCUAGCCUACGAUCACCACAGCAUCUACCCUGACGUACACCCGCGGACACAGCCAACGCUGAUCUAAAAACACUGCCCUGCCCAUACACCUUAACCUAUCCACCUCCCUUUUAAUCAGUCCCUACCCCCCCUGGCUCCUAUGUGCAGCCCUUCCUCGGUGACUGGGAGACCUACCAGAGGGAAGGACACUACCUGAGUGCUUUAUCCCCUCGUUCUCCAAUCUGCAAAAGGACCUAGUGGUUUCAUCUGACCUGCUUUUCAUUUUUGGAGCGAUGCUCAUUCACACAGAUAAAGACAAUGGAAAAGACAGACACAUGGAGGGUUAUAACAGAGUCAUAAGACAUGAAAUAGAGUUUGCACAAAUAUGGACUCUUCUCUCCUCCUCCCCAGGACUAUACUGAACUAUUAAAGGGAUAGUUCACCCAAAUGACACAUUAGGAAAGGGGGAUACCCAGGCAGUUGUCCAACUGAAUGUAUUCAACUGAAAUGUGUCUUCCACAUUUAACCCAACCCCUCUGAAUCAGAGAGGUGAGGGGGAUGACUUAAUCAACAUCCACUGCGCCCAGGGAACAGUGGGUUAACUGCCUUGUUCAGGGGCAGAACGACAGAUUUUUACCUUGUCAGCUCGGGGAUUCAAUCCAGCAACCUUCCGGUUACUGGCCCAACGCUCUAACCACUAGGCUACCUGGCGGUUUUCUUAAACCGUAAGCAAGGUAUGAGACAAUGUAUCAGAGCAAUCUAUGCUUUGGUUUAUUUUCUCUGGCACUAUUUUCACAUGCUAACAUUUUAGUAUUUGUGACACAUAUCCCAUUCAAGUCAUGGGACUGAUAUUAGCAUUUGUCACCCAUGUACAAAAGACCGAAGUGACUUUGUUGAGCUUCACAAUCAAUUUAAAAUACUUUUGGAUAAUUUGGACAUAAUGUGCAAAAAAUUAUAAUAUCGGUUCCAUGACUUGAAUUGGAUCUGUGCCACAAAUGCUAAAACAGUGCAAGGGAAACUAAACCAAUGCAUGGAUUACUGUCAUACAUUGUCCAUAGACUGCUUACAGGGCAAGGAAACCAAUGUGUAAUUUUUAUUUGGGUGAACUAUCCCUUUUAAUGUAGGGAGACUCUCCCAGGAGUAAGAGGAGGAGGAAGAGGAGAAGAAGGCUGCUACACAUUAUUGAUCUUCAUCGCCAUAUUAUGAAACAAGCUGCUGCUUUGCUGAGCAAACGAUACAGGAUAUAAAAAGGAAAUUGAUACCAAGGAAAAAUAAUGUUAUUUUGUAAAUACAGUAUAUUACGAAUUGUUAAUAUGAAUACAUAUUUCCAGUAUUUUAAUUUUAUACCUGGUAGCUUGUUUUUAUCCCUGUCAUUGAAAUGACAUCUAAGAGAGGUGUGGAUAUGAUGCUAUGUGUUAGAAUCAGAGGAAAGAAGUGGCUAUGAUGCUAUGUGUUUUAAUAAGCUAAUAUCAUACCAGCAGUGUUAGUCAGUCAGGGCUUGCCUUGAGUAUCAGUCUCUUGUCUGGACUCUAUGGACACUACAGUGUUAUGUUGAGGUUAAUGAUAAUGUAAAUGAUAAUGCCAUGGUUUUAAAACAGUGGCAAAUUCACUUAUCUCCAAUGGAAGUCUACCUGCCUUUACAGAGCAUGCCUUUAUUAAAGGUAUUGUAAUAAAGAAAAUGGCAUUACAAAA